ACUAGAGCAGCUGCUUGUUGCUUUCCAUUCCAGUGCCAAGGACUAAACCCGUUGUCAGCUACCUACCCUCCUGCUUUCCCAGUUCUCAGCAUGUGCCGGGGUUUGACUGCACUUUCCACCUGCUUGGAAAGAGCCAAACUACUCAAGACUCGUUUAGGGAUUCUGCUUCAUAAACCAGAGUUGGGACAUGAGGCUGAGAGCUUCAGCACAUCUGAGCAGGGCACCAAACUGAGAAAAACAACUGGCCAUAGCUACACUAUGGAGCUAAGAUCUGGCGAGUCAUCUGGAAGUGUAAGAGAGAGGGAGAAAGAAAGAGGGAAAGGACGGAGAAGACCCCAGAGAAACUCCUCAGAGGAAGCACUAGAAUGGAAGAAGUCCUUUGAUCACCUGCUGAAGAGUAAAAAUGGGGUGGCUACAUUCCAUGCCUUCCUGAAGACAGAGUUCAGUGAAGAGAACCUUGAGUUUUGGCUGGCUUGUGAGGAGUUUAAAAAGUCCCGGUCAAAAACUAAACUGUCAUCCAAGGCUCACAGGAUCUUUAAGGAGUUUGUUCAAAACGAAGCACCUAAAGAGGUGAAUAUUGACCAUGAAACCAGAGAAAUAACCCGGAAGAACCUGACAGCGGCAACUACUACUUGUUUCGAUGCUGCACAGGCGAAAACCCGCACUUUGAUGGAGAAGGAUUCCUAUCCCAGGUUCCUGAAAUCUACCUCCUACCAGGGCUUGACAGAGCAAGUCAUCAGCCAUAGCACCAGCAAGCGGUUGCAUACCUGAUCCAAGUCACCUGCACUGCCAGAAACUGGGGGGAGAAGGGAAAAGCCACAUUGUGAAGCAAAGGUAGAGGAGGCAGGAGCCUGAGAAACAGCAACUGAGGCAGAAAGAGCUCUGAGCAGUGGGGUUUUGGCUAAAGUCCUGGGAUUUUAUCCUUAUCAGGAUCCCUAGGAUCUCAAAUGCUUCCAUGUACCUCCGAGCUGUAGUGAGGAGCACCUGUCCCCCAUCACUGGCAUGGGAGAUGGUGAAAUGGGAACUGUUGGGAGAGAGGGAGAUGGGUGGACAGUUGCUUAUAUGCAAGCAAGUGCUUCAGUGAUGGGUAGUGGGGAAAAAGUAUGCAAGAAGAAACUUGCACUAAAAGCGGGGCGGGAGGGGAAGCUGGAUGAGAGGCUCCAUCUGAGUGGCAGGUUCCAUUGGAAACAGGGUAGAUUCAAUUCCCCCCCCAAAACUGUCCUUCAUCUGAUGUUGAACUUUGUGCAUACAGACAGAUAUAGACAUGCAUGCAUAAAGAGAAAGCCUCAGUCUGCUCUCAAGACCCUGCCUCUGUACCGACACAAAUUACAAACAAUACAUAGCGCUCAGAAAUUUGCAAUUUCCACAGUGCUGGGGCCAAUGAACCCACACUUGUCUGCAUGUUCUUGCACCAGCUGGAAUUUCCAGCAUCUCAAAUCAUAGAGAUGCAAGCACAACUUUGGGUUUUCAGCCACAGGAGUCCUGCAUCUGCUCUGUUUUGAUUGAGAGGGAUUUCAGAUUCUAUUCUGCCCUCUCCAAUGCAUGCUCUGGGUGACCCUUUACACCUCCUUCGAAUAAGACAUCAGCAUAGCAUGAACAUUUCCCCCCACAUAAACUACAUGAGCUCAUGUUUUGGUCCUCUAAAUUAUGUGUAACUU